CCUUUCAGCUCGUUUCUGAGUAGCAAUGGCGUCCACCUUAGCAGUGUUCAGGUUACACAUGAAGGGAAGAGGCAGCCUGGUGAAGUGCCUACGGAAGGUCCACACGUUUCUUCACAGGAGUAUCGGGACAAACGUUGCUGCGCAUGGUGAAGAACUCCGGAAAGACAAGACUGUGUCAGAAGAAAAGCGUGGAUGGAAACCUUUGCAUGCUGUCGAGGCUGAGAGACAAGAACAGGCGGACAGAUCUGUUCUCAUCAGCUUCCAAACCAGAACCGAUAAGCAAACGUUCCUCAAGUAUUUAUCCAAACAUGGACCUGUCAACAAAUACUUCUUUUAUGAAAACAAUGGGCCGUAUGCUGUGGUGGAAUUUGAAAGCAGGGAAAGUGUCGCCUCAUUACUUAAAGGGGCAGCGAUCACCAGCAUCAACGAUGAAUCCGUGGUGCCUUUUAAAUCCAGACUGCUGUCAGUGAAGGGCCUUGGCUCAUCAAACUCACCAAAGCAGCAGAAAGGCUACAACUACCAACCACUAAACCCCAUUCCCAUGAACGAGCUCCUACAGAGACUGUCCAGAGAGAACAGUAUAGACCAACAGAUGAUCUUACUGACAGAUCUCCAUCAGCUCACAGACGAGAACAGUCGACUGCGUUACCUCGUCUGCUCUCUGGUCAAGGACGUUGCUGCUGCUUAUUUCCCAGAAUGCACCAUCAAGCCAUUUGGCUCAUCAGUGAACGGCUUUGGAAAGAUGGGCUGUGACCUGGACAUGAUUCUGGACCUGGACGGCAUCACUGGGAGAAAUACAAUGAUGCCUAGGUCAGGUCUGUUCUUUGAGUACCAGAUGAAGAGUGCCUCCUCAGAGCGAGCCGUCACCCAGAACAUCUUGUCCGUCAUCGCGGCGAGUGUGGAGCAGUUUGGGGCUGGGUGUGUGGCGGUGCAGAAGAUUCUCAAAGCACGAUGCCCCCUGGUCAAAUUCACCCACCAGCCCUCUGGGUUUCAGUGUGACCUUACAGCCAACAACAGGAUGGCGCUGAAGAGCACAGAGCUGCUUUACCUGUACGGAGAGUUGGACCCACGGGUUCGUUUUCUCGUGUUCAGCGUGCGCUGUUGGGCCCGAAGUCAAAGCAUCACCAAGAGCGUCUCCGGGACCUGGAUCACCAACUUCUCCCUCACCGUCAUGGUGCUGUUCUUCCUGCAGAAGAGGAACCCUUCAAUUAUCCCCACCCUGGACCACCUCAGGGACCUUGCAGGUCCUGCGGACAAGAACGUGAUUGAGGGGAACGACUGCACGUUUGUCAGCGACAUCAGCAAGAUCCAGCUCCAGAGCAACACAGAGACUCUCGAACAACUGCUGCGUGAAUUCUUUUUGUUCUAUUCCACUUUUUCAUUCAUGAACGAAUCCAUAAAUAUCAGAAAGGGCAAGGAGCAGAACAAGCCGGAGCCAACCCCGAUGCACAUCCAGAACCCAUUCGAAACCUCUCUGAACGUCAGCAAGAACGUCAACGCUGCACAACUAGAACGCUUCGUGGCUUUGUGUCAGGAGAGUGCCUGGCUGCUGGAGCACAAAGGAACCCUCAAACCUGAACAUGUGGGAGGAAGUAUUCCACAACCUUGGGGAUUCGCUAACCUCCUCGUUCCCACACGGAACGCACAGAUCAUGAGUCGCAAAAAAAGGAGGCAAGAGGAUCAUAAUGGGAUCAUCAAAGUCUUGCUGGACUCCUUAAAGCAUUCCUAAUAGCAAACGAAAAGCUAAGACUUUUGCGAGAGCCCAGAAUUCAGCUCCAUCCUCUCACUAUCUCUAUAACUCAUGCAUUGGAGGAAACCUUCUGGUGUUGUUGUCUGGGGCCUCAAUUCAGAGGCUUCUGUAGUUUAAUUCAUCUGCUGGACUACAGUUCCAAACAUGGACACUGGGGGGUGUUAGUGGGACCUGAAUGUGCAUAUGUUUGGAAUACUGGAGUGAUUACUGUGUACUUCACUGUAGACUUGCCUACUCUGUUGUAAUUAAAGCCAAUACUGUGGAAACUUAUGCAAGUCGUUAAGACUGUAGAUUCACAGGUUGAUUUCAUUUAAAAUGUGUUGGGUCAUGAAUGUUAUGACUAAUCCCUAACAUCUGUUUACACCUCAAACAAAAUCACUAUGGAUAUAUUUUUGUAUCAAAGAUACAAUACAGAUUUAAUAAGCAAGAUUUCAUUGCAAACUGGAAACACCCAGUGUAGUUAUUAUGACGCCCCUAAACCAAAAAAGAAAAGUCAGUAAACGGACAGAAGGAUAUAACCGAAUACAUCAAAACUAUCAAUUCAAAGGACUGUACAAAAACUAUGUAAUUUAAUACUUUUCUUCAAUCUCCAAGAAAAGAAAGAGUUUAUUGGGUUUUUUUCUACCGCUAGUAACUUAUAAUUAAAGCUGUAUGUAUUUCUCUCCUGUUUAUCUGACUGACUCAUUCUAGCUUUUAGUUGUGUGACAUCAUACAAGGGCAAGGUACCUCACCGAGAAACGCUGAUCACCAGGAGUUCUUAAUUCUAGCUGAAGCAAACUGUCAUCAUAAAUCUACACUUGAGCAGGUAAAGCUAAUCAUUCAUACCACAUACAGCUGUAGCUCGGGAUUAAAUCCCUGAGUAAUAUAACCGUUUCAAAUUUUAGUUAUCAAUAAAAUAAUUUGAUUACAAUGCAAAAAACUUGGCAGUGUUUCCCCUACAUGCAUUAGACAGCGGCGCUUAUAGGGAAGUUAAUGUUAGCUAAUGUUGUCUAACCUGGGCCAGCCAACAUGGCCAACACUUAUUGUAACUCAUAACUAGAUACAGUUUAUUCUUCUGCUGUAGGACUAUGAGCGCCAAUCCUAAAAUUACACACAAUCAUAAAUACCUUGUGUCUGUGUUUGCUCUCGUUUUUCAUUAAGAGCGAGGCCGCAAACAAAAAGUAUAUAGUGCUGCUAGUUUACACUAAUAAAUACAAAACUUGGUCGUAUAUCUGUAUUUUCAGCACAUUUUAAAAAUACCAAUACUGAUAACCAUGGUAAUUUGGGUCACAAUCAUUGGUGGAAAGUAACUUAGAAAGGUAAUUUACUCAAGUACUGUACUUAAGUACAGUUUUGAGGUACUUGUACUUAACUUGAGUAUUUCCAUUCCAUGUAACUUUAUACUUCUACUUCACUACAUUUUGAGGCAAAUAUUGUACUUUUUACUCCACUACAUUUAGCUGCCAGCUUUAGUUACUUUUCAGGUCGAGAUUUAAUAUGGAAAACGUGAUAGUGAAGUGAUUAAAGUGACAUUUGUUUAAAGUAAACCUCAUAACAGUAUGUUAAGAAAGUAAUGUUAUUAUGCUUGCAUAAUGCAUCAAUAACAAUAAUCCAAUAAUUUAUUUGGAAUACAUAAAACGGUCUGAGUGGGUACCUUUUACAUAACAAGUACUUUGAUACUUUAAGAACAUUUUGAUUCUGAUACUUUUUUACUUUUACUUCAGUAAGUUUUAAAUGCAGGACCUUUACCAUAGUGGAGCCAUUUUACAGUGUGGUAUUACUACUUCUACUUAAAGGGAUCUGAAUACUUCUUCCAACACUGGUCACAAUGGUUGUGAUAUGAAAUCCUUUUCAUCUCUUAUCUGCCACUUACUGGAAUACUUAUUUAAACCAAUUACAUUUAAGAUAAUGCUAUCAAUUUCUGUGCUGCAUUAAAGGCAUGAUGUGCAGGAAUCGAGACAUUCAAACUUGGCUCCUCCUCCUCACGUCAAAACAAAUGACAGUCAAACCCAGAAUCAUGAAUCUAUUCCAAGGUUAUUAUAGUUAACGAAAACUAACAAAAUAAUGAAAACUAGAAUUGAAAAAACAUUUUUGUUAACUUAAAUAAAAAUAAAAACGAGAGUUUUUAAAAACCCGAUAACUAACAAACUGUAUUGUGUAGUUACAAAACUAACUAAAAUUAUAGGUAAAAUGUCCUUUUAUUUUCACCUUUGUCAACUCUUUGUCAUUUUCAUACGUAAACCUUUUGGUUGAUAUAAAAUCUAUUUCAUCUAUCUGGUUUUAUGACUUGGGGCUGAGAUGGAUAAGACAAAGGAAAUAAAGACAACAUUUAUUGUAACUUUAUUGAAUCUCGCACCCAACAAAUACCCCAUUACAACUAAACAAAACUAAAACUAAGCAUUUUCCAAAAAAAAACUCACUCAAACGAAUUAAAACUAACUGAAUUUCAAAAAAAAAAUUGACAACAAAAUUAAAACUAAAACUAAUGAAAAAUCCAAAACUAAUAUAACCUUGGUCUAUCCUUUGUUUCCUGCAUGGUAUACCUUUGCAGCAUGCCCAUAACAAAAAUUGUAUUAGUUUACUGGCUAAAAUGCUUAAGCCACUGUAACUGGGCUUUUUACUGUAAGGCUGUAUUAUACAUUAUUGAUAAUUUACAUAACUUGCACUGCCUGAUAUAAAUGUUUUACGAUUAACUGAGCUUCAGCUGGCUAUAGCAGCUAGUUGCAAAGGCUGGUUCUCAGUGUUCAGCUACUUGUAUUUUCUGUUAAGCUAGCUAGCCACACUCCCAAGUCUGAUGUGUGUCUGAAAUCCUUUUGUAAUGUUAAUAUAUUGUAAUGUAUUCAUUUCUAUUUUGACUUGUCUGAUAAUCUUUUACUGCCUUUUGUACAGUACAAAGAACACUUUUAACAGCAUUGUCCCAAUUGUCACAUCUGGAUUUCGCUUUUUAGCAGCAAAUGAUCUAAAACAGUGACAUAAUGGUGCUAGCGUGUGUUAAAUUUAUAUAAAAGUAGACAGCCCAUCAACUUGGUCACCCAGUUCAUUGGAACCAAAGUCAGCCAGCUUUGUGGCAAAGUCUGUUAAAUCAAUUGACCUCUCUGAAAACCCACUGGUGAUAUGUCUUCAAAUAUGUUUAAAAAAACUAAAAAAAAAGAAGUUUCCAGCAUACAGUACCCACUAAUAAAGAUGCACAUUGUGGCUGAAACACCAUAAAGGUAAUUCACA